AUGAAAACCCGAACGCCAAAGUCGAACUUGGUAGAGGUGGACCAGAUCCCAUCCGAAAUUCCGCCGCCCAUCUCAAGCAAACCCGCCAUCGCGAAAGCCCAAAAGGCGAUAUCGAGCGUCCUCAAACGACCCUCCCCGACGUUCGGAAAGUUCCUAGAUCUACCCAUCGAGAUCCGCCUGAAGAUAUGGGAGGAAUCACUUAUCCCGCGAGUUCACGAACUGCAUCCAUGCGCGAAGCUCUACAAUGACCGAAUGACAUUCCGCUCCAACAGCAGCCAAACUCCGGCAAUAUUCCACAUCUGCCACGAAUCCCGACAGCUGGCGAUGAAGAAAUACCAGCUGAUGGAAUAUGAGCCGUCGCGGGGAACAUCAGGCAAGGGCAUCCUACGAUUUUAUUUCUGCCCGGCGCUGGAUACACUGUUGCUCAACAGCCUAAUGGGGCUCUUCAUGAUGUUCGUCCUUCUAGAGGAAGAGACUAGUUACUCCGGGACGAUGAAGGGAUGGCAGACAGUAGCAUUCGAUGCCGAGCGCGCCCAGCUCAUUACACUGCUCUCCGGCAUCCAUGGCCACGCCCCCCAACCGCGCAUGAAGGAGGUGUUCCCGUCCCUCAAAAACCUCAUCAUCGCAUUUGACUACACCAGCAGAGGUAAGACACGCUUCCGCACAUCCGUGUGGCCGGGGGAGAAUGGUACCUCUUUAAUUACAAUUCCCUGGCCGGAAAUUGAUUCGAGGGAGUUCGAUACUAUAUUCCAGCCGAUGAGGGAAUAUUUGGAGAAUGAUUAUGAGAAGGGGAAGGUCCCGGAGAUACAGGUUUCGAAGGUUAAGCGGAAGGCGUAUAUCAGGGGGGAUAUUAGAUAUGCGUUUCGGAAGAGCUGUGCUUUUUUCGGGAUGAGACCCAGGGGCGUGUUCAGGAGGAUAUGA